AUGAAGGCGAUUGUGGCUUGUAUAUUUUGUGUGAUAUUACGUAUUGUAGAAAGUGAUGAUUCGAAAAGAUUUGACAAUGUUACGUAUCAACCUGUUCACCGGCAGUUAUUGGACUUUAAGAUAAAAAACCCGCACUCGAUAGGAUUAUGGACCAAGAAUGCCGGGGAUCCAGUUGACAUACGUGAUACAGUUACCAUUAAUUCCGAUCAAUUUAGCAACCAAUUGCUUAUUGAUACAAUAUCGACGUUAGAUGGGGAGAGAAUACCUGAACGCGUGGUACACGCCAAGGGUACAGGAGCCUUUGGGUACUUCGAAGUCACGCACGAUGUCUCCAAGUAUACAUACGCUGACGUGUUCAAUGGAGUAAGUAAGAAAACGCCGGUAGUCGUCAGAUUUUCAACAUCAUUACAACCCGUGGGAGGUAGUGACGUGAGCAGAGAACCAAAAGGUUUGGCGGUGAAAUUUUAUACAGAAGAAGGAAACUUAGACAUUUUAUGUUUAUCUACACCCGUCUUUCAGUUCAGAGAUCCUAUGACUGUCAGAGAAGUGCUACAUGGUUUCAAAGUAAAUCCCCAAAGUAAUAUAAGGUUGGAUUUUACAUCCGCCGUUGAUUUGCUAACACUUAGGCCCAGUCUAGCCCAUAACGCUUUUUGGGUAAUGUCUGAUUUUGGUGUUCCUGAUGGCUAUCGACGAAUGGAUUAUUUUCCGAUACAUACUUUCGAAAUUGCAAAUAAAUAUGGAGAGACACAUUAUGUAAGAUUCCAUUUCCGAACUGAGCAGGGUGUCGCAAUACUCACGUCCGUUCAAGCCGCCGCCAUUCAAGCUGUAGAUCUGGAUUACUAUAACAGAGAUUUGUACAAUGCGAUUGAUUCAGGAAAGUAUCCUUCGUGGAGACUAGAGAUGGAUGUGAUGACUCGACAUGAUAUACAGAAAGUUGAUUUUGAUCCAUUUGAUGUUACAAGACUGUGGAAGAAUGGCACAUUCCAUACGGUACCGAUUGGGAAGUUGGUAUUAAAUAAAAAUGUAGAAAAUUUGUUUAAAGAUGUCGAACAAGCAGCAUAUAGUCCUGCAAAUUUAGUACCUGGUAUUCCUGGGCCGGUGGACUUUUUAUUCCGAGGUAGACGGACGUUCUAUAGGGACACUCAAAAUUAUCGUCUUGGAAGAAAUCACAACAAGAUUUUGGUAAACAUGCCAUUGUACGAGAAGACGUAUGUACGAGAUGGGACACCACCAACCAGGCUUAACAUGAGGAACGCUCCCAACUACUAUCCUAAUUCAUUCCAUGGACCAGUUCCAUACGUGGAUGAACGCAGACCGUUGAAGAAGUUAGAAGUAUUAGAAAAUAAUGCUGUGGAUGUGGAACCACUGUGGUAUUUCUAUAACCACAUCAUAAAAGACGAAGACCAGAGAUUGAGAUUUAUUACUAAUGUUGCCGUACCUCUAGCGCAAGUAACACCACCAGUUGUUCAAAGACUUCUGAAGCUUUUGUUUUUAAUAGAUGAGGAUUUAGCGACACGUAUCAGGGCUGCGUAUGAAGUAGCGCUGGUUGCCCAACAAGCAGCUACGUUAGUCCCUACACCUUCGAUUGAGUACCCAGGAAAUAUUCCAACAACUCAAGAGGUUCCUAAACACAAUACCACAGAAAUUCCUAAGUCAUAA